AUGGCUCCAGUAACUGAAGUACCCCGAAGGGUCGAAUGGAACGGAAAGCAGGUCCCGGUCUACCCUAUGGAGACGAUCGACUUCUCCGCGAUCCUCUCACAAGAACCCGCUGAGCUUGAGAAGCUUCUUGAGUGCUGCAAGAAAGAGGGCUUCUUUUACCUGGACCUGAACAAUGUCGAUGGACGUCGAUUCAUCGAUGACCACCAGGAGUUGUUGAAGGUCAUGCACCGUUUCUUCGAGUCUCCUAUUGAGAUCAAGAACGAGUACGGACUCAUCGCUCCUCAUCUUGGAUACGAACCUGUUGGCUCACGCAACGGUUCGCUGGAAGGCAAGCGAGACGGCUACGAGAUGGUCAAGAUUUCCCGCGAUGAGAUCCAACGCGAGUCGCCCCACAUUCCUCGCAACAUCAAGAACAGCUCCGACCUUAAGGUCAUCGAGAACGCCAUCUCGGGCAACAACAUCAUGGGCAAGGCCAUUUUGGCAGCUCUGUCAACAGCCUUCGGCCUGACGGGUGGUGCGCGUUUCGAGAACUUGCACCGCAAUCACCGCCCUUCAACGAGCACACUUUCCAUGAUGCACUACAUCCCUUCGCACCCCGUCAAGGACGGCAACGUCGGCCACCAGAAGCAUACCGACAUCAGCUCCUUGACAGUGCUCUUUACCGAGCAGUGGGGUCUCCAGAUCCGCCCACCAGGCAGCAAGGAGUUUGGCUUCGUGGAGCCCAAGAAGGGCCAAGCCAUCAUCAACGUCGGCGACUCUCUUCGCUUCGCCAGCGGCCACACUUUCCAGUCGUGCAUCCACCGUGUUGUUCCAUACGACUACACCGAGCAUCGCUACUCGGUUGCAUACUUCCUCCGUGCUGAGGAUGAGACUAUGUUUCAAGACAGCGAGGGUCGCUACGUCACCUCGCGUCAGUGGCAUGACGAGAAGUUCCUGGCUUUCCUUGCAUCGCCUGCGGAUCAGGCGGCUGCUCCGAGCUCUUUGCUCUUGGGUGGCAUGCAGGAAGAUGAGACUGAUGUUUACGGUCUUCCUCAGGCGAAGCCUGUCACUAUUGAUGCGGCGAAGAACUCUAGUGUUGAAGUGAGUGCUGUGGAAGUCAGCGCUUAG